AUGGUUGUUCUCGCAGCGUCGAUAUGCACCCGCGGAGGUAAAGCGGUUCUCUCGCGCCAGUUCCGGGAGAUCUCUCGGUCCCGAAUUGAAGCCCUUCUCGCCUCCUUCCCCAAGCUGGCGGACUCCGGAACCCAGCAUACCACCGUCGAACAAGACAACGUGCGCUUUGUGUACCAGCCGUUGGACGAGUUGUAUAUUGUGCUGAUCACCAACCGUCAAUCGAACAUUCUCCAAGACAUCGAUAGUCUACAUCUAUUUGCGCAAGUCACCACCAGCAUCUGUAAAAGCCUAGACGAGCGGGAGAUUCUUCGCAAUGCAUUUGAGCUCCUGAGUGCUUUCGAUGAAUUGGUGACUAUGGGAUACCGGGAGAAUCUUUCCCUUUCACAGAUCAAGACUUUCCUGGAAAUGGAGAGUCAUGAAGAGAGAAUCCAGGAGAUCAUUGAGCGGAACAAAGAGUUGGAGGCCAGCGAAGAGCGCAAGAGGAAGGCAAAGCAGCUGGAAAUGCAACGUAAAGAGGCUGCUCGCACAGGUCGUGCCGCUGCCCCAAGAACUCCAUCCUACCCCGCCUACACACCCCCAGCGCGCCCCUCCGUGCCCGACACUUAUGAUUCAUACGAGGCCGAGAAGAAACAGUCUUUCACCAAGCCCAUUCCCACUCGCGGCAAGGGCAUGCAACUGGGCAAGAAAUCAAAGGCAACGGAUAUCUACGAGAAGGUUCGGGGUGAUAUGGGCCCUGAAAUCGAAGAGGAGAGCCCAUUGGCUCCACCAGCUUCGGCUCCAGUGCACGAUAUUCCCUCGACCCGCGAGUCUCUCAAUGCGGAACAGGAGCCCAUCCAACUCACAAUCGCCGAGAUCAUCUCAGCCACACUUACUCGCGAGGGAGCUUUGAAGUCUUUCGAGGUCAAGGGUGAUAUGCAGCUCCGUAUCAGUGAUCCCUCCCUCACAAAGCUACGACUCGACUGUCAGGCUAUUCCCACACAUGGCGCACAGUUCCGUACCCAUCCCAAUGUCGACAAAGCUCUCUUCACCAACUCCUCUGUGAUCCAACUGAAGGACACUGCCAAGCGCUUCCCUGCCAACAACUCCAUCGGCGUUCUCCGGUGGCGUGUUGCCAGCUCGGCCGACAAUGCCGAUAUUCUCCCCAUCACAUUCACCGUUUGGGUUAACAAGGGCUCCGACUCCACCACCGUGACUGUAGAGUAUGAGCUCACCGGCGAUGACAGUCUCCGCGAUGUGGUUGUCACUAUUCCAUAUGGCACGACAGAGCCGGCCGUAUCUAGCUUUGACGCGGUCUAUGAGGUCUCCGGUGACAGUCUGGACUGGAACCUGGGCACUGUCGACGAGUCGAACGCCUCUGGCAGCUUUGAGUUCGAGGCUAUUGAUGCUGAUGAGAAUGAAUUCUUCCCGAUGAGUGUCCGUUUCGCCAAAACCAAGCCUUUUGUGGAUGUCGACAUCAACAGUGUUUCCCUGCUAGAUAUGGAGGGUGAGAGUGUUGCAUUCUCGAAAGAUGUCCGCAGUAUUGCGGAGAACUUCCUUAUUGAGUAA